UGUGAAGGGGAACGUGUCUAGGCACAAGCGCAGCUUCCCAUGGUGUGGAGGGUGUGCGGAGUUCCAUGGUGUGGUGUCACUGGGGGCUUAUUGCCAUGGCUACAGAGGGAGACGGGCAGAUCUCUCAGCCUGUUACUUUCUCAUCUCCAGCAAAGAAAUCUGAGCCGUGUCCAGCUGAUCCUUCCUGCCCAGACGGCUGGAUUGGGCACCUGGGGAAGUGUUUCUAUUUCUCAGAGGCUGAAGAGAACUGGACCAACAGCCAGAGCCACUGCUCUGCCCUCGGUGCCUCCCUGGCUGUGAUUGGCACCCAGCAGGAAAUGGAUUUCCUGAUGCGCUAUAAAGGACGCUUUGACCACUGGAUCGGCCUCCGGAGGGAACCGGACCAGCCCUGGAUGUGGACCAAUGGCACCGAAUUCAACAACUGGUUUCCAAUAGUGGAAGGAGGCCUAUGUGCUUUUGCGAACAAUUCCAAUAUUGCCAGUUCAGGCUGCUCCAGGGACGCACACUGGAUCUGCAACAAACCAGCGGAGAAACCAGAAGGCCGAGCAGAGCGACUGUAACCUGGAUGAGUCGGGCCUUGUCCUUUCCAUGGGGCUGUCCCAAGCUGCCUCAGCACGUGGGGAACUGGGUGAGGCUGGUGAAGGGGAACAGCCCCAGCAGCAAGGAAGAGACACGCUCGCUGAAGGACAUCUGAUAGCUCCUCCCCUUGGAGCCUCUGGCACCCAUUGGCCCAUCUGGGGACCGGGGUGAGGGUGCGGAUUAGCCAGCAGCCCCCAGCUCACUCUGUGGCACAGAGAAGGGAUCUUUUGACUUGGCUGCUCCCCUUCUGGUUUCCAAACCUGCAGUGUCCCUCCUGUCAGAGGCCCAGGGCAGGAGCCUGGCCCGGACUGUAGCUAGAGGCCAAUGUAUGGGCUGGGCCAUCGGGAGGUGCUGUGAACCCUGCAGCCAUGGGGCGAAGGGGCCGGUGUGAACCCUGCAGCCUGGGGGAAGGACGCAUGAACUCUGCUGUACAGCGAGAAGGGUUGCUGUGCAGGCCCUGCUGAGCGCUGUGGGAGCGAGAAGAGAUGCUGUGUACAGGAGGGGGUUGCUGGGACGUGCUAGGAUAGAGAGGGUGGGUGGAGAAUUAUUUGUAUAAUAAUACACCAGCUCCAACAAGGGAAACUUUUAUUUUGUAAA